AUGGCGCUUCUCUUAACCCACAGGAGCGGACUACUGCGACGCCGUCUUUCCUCGUACGUUGCCACGCUUUCAGCCGACGCGAGCGCCUUAAUCGCGCUGUGGGACAGCCUGACACGCACCGUAUUUGGGUUGGAAAGGAAGGAAAAGCCGAAAAUUUUGUCCUCCAGCGCCGCUGGGGCACUCCUCACUGUAGCCUCCGCACUCCUGCAGCACACAGCAAAGACGCCGGUCACGACCACGCUCUGCGAAGUUCUUUUAUGUUGUGGGCACGACCAUGUUCAAGGGGAAGAUCCGUAUUAUUUCCACACCAACUCGUUUCUUCUUGGACGUUAUCGGACCAGUUCGGAGGUGGCGCGAUCGGAGACGUUUGCGCGGCUCUUUGCCGGGGAACACGCACACCUGCUAACGCUGCACGGUGAGGCACUUGUUAGUAAACUCUGUGCCGAAUUUAGUGGUCCGACGCAUUUGAGUACCGCGGCCAGUCGUGGCUUGGUGCUUCUUUUGGGAUUUAUCACCGGCCCGGUCUCGUCGCAGCGAGCCUUUGAAACACUGUUGGAGGUCACCAAGAAAUCUGUGGAUUAUUUCCUUUCCCUUGAUGCACGUGACCGCGCCAUUGCGGCUUCCACUGUCACGGCGCUGCACGCAUACGAAACGCAGGCGCUGCGCGAGCAGCAGCUCCUCAAGACGUACCCGGACAGACCACCCAAGGGAAUGUCAGAAGACGACUACGAUGACCUGAAGCGGCGCGAUGCCGUUGCCCUUGAAAAGGGUCGCAAGGUGUUGCGCGCGGAAGUCGAGAAACGGACACAUGUGAUUGAGGGCAUCAUACGGCAGAAUAAGGUACCCCUGGCAACGAUUCGUACGCUUGGAACCACGGGACAUUUCCCUAUCGAAGGGGUAGCGGUACUUUACCCGUACCUUCAGGCGACGCUAAAUCGCAGCGACGUCCCCGAGGUCCUUGGGCGUCUUGUGUUGGAUGCAAUUUCCGGUUUGUUUUCAAAAACGGUUUUUGCGCACAUGGCGGAGAACAUGGCGUGUACCGUGGCGCAGUUGCACAGCAAAACCACUCUCACGUCUGAGGAUGUGUCGCGGCUGUCAACGAUGGCGCUGCACCUGCGCCAAGCCACCACUAGCAUGAUUCCUGCUCCGCUGUUUGUGGUGCUACUCCCAUUCUCACGGGUUGCAUUUAAGGCUGGCCGUGGCAGCAACGCCGUGCAGACUACAAUUCCUCUUGCUACGCAGCACCAGAUGAUAGGCGUGCUAUUGCAAAACCUCGGACAGUCGCAACUGCCACAGCCCACGGAGACGCUGCAGCUGCUUACCGGUAUUCUACAGAACUUUCCCUCACUCUUCAAGAGCGUGCAGCAGGGCAUCAAUCUGCUGAUGGCGAUGAUUCCCGCCUCGCACCUCGCUGCGCUGGAGCUCGGUCUGUUUACUCCCGCAGACGCCGUCAAGGAGGUGGUCGCCUCCGCAUACCAUCGCUUUUCGCACUUCCUGACGUGUCGCCGCGCGUUGGUCCUGGCGGCGGUUUCCCUGCAUGAUACCUCGACGGAAGUGGUGAAAUCAAUGCGGCUUGUUGCGCAGGACCCCGCGUACGCCUUCUCGCUCGAACCCAGCGACUGGAAUGAUCUUCUUUACUUUUUAAAUACCUACGGCCAACACCACGUGUCACACGCCGUGCGCAUUGGUGAGACCAUGCGAACACUCUUCUCGCUGCCCUCUACUAGGGCGUCCCAGCAAAAACUUUGGCUUGAGGAUCUGAAGCGCAUCGCGGGACAAGGCGCUGUUGUCGCCAUUCAGGUUCUCUCCUCUUCCUUGAUCGCUGAAGCGUUUCAGGACGCCCUAUUGUUUCUCUGCGACAUGGCGGAGUCACCGAGCACGGAACCACUCAUGCGACUCAUCCUCUCCUGCGGCCGCGUGGUUCUGAACGACUGUGCGAUGGAUAUUCUCAGGUCGCUGGCCCCCACGCUUCAAACGCGGCUCGGUAAGCCACCUAAGGAUCUCAGUAACGCGCAUAAGGAGCUCUACUUUGCCACCUCUACGGUCUGGCUUACGAUCAUUAGCUGUCGUCUCAAGGAAACGAAGUUGCUGGAAUCCAUUGUUGAGCAGCAGAGUAGCACAUUGAACAAGUCCAGUUCGGCGAUGGUGCAUCGAGCGGUGUGCACCUCGAUGGUGGAGAUUACAAAGAACGCGGAGGUACGCGCCUCGCCGAAGUUGGACGAGUUUGUAGAGAAGUGUUUGAAACAAGUCAUUCACUCGAGUUCCUACAUCAAGAAGAAGGCACACGCCUACGGCCUCGUCGGUGUUCUUCAAGGCUUGGGCCUUACCUCCCUGAGACGCUACCACAUUAUGGCGAUUAUGCAGAAGGCCGUCAAGGAGAGCCAGACGGAGCGGACGGGAGUGAUGCUGCUCAUGGAGGUUCUUUCCGAGGAAAUGGGAGCCAAGUUUGAGCCCUACGCACUCGCCAUGUGCAGCGGUCUGCUUGAGGGUGUGGCGGACAAGGAUCAAAAGGUCUCGGAGUGCGCCGACGACGCGUCGCGUGUCAUGGUAAGCUCCUUGACAGCGGUGGGUCUGCGACAGCUUAUUCCGCGCUUGGUGGAUAGUCUGUCGGCGGAACAGGCAAAACUGCGCGUCCCUCCGCUAAACUUUAUUGGUUAUGUCGCCUUCUGUUCCCCCAAGCAGCUGGCCGCCACACUGCCUGAGAUUACAAAACACAUUAACGCCUGCCUCUUUGACGUCAACCAUAAUGUUUCGACGGCUGCGAUGAAUGCCUUGCGGCGUGUUGCAGGGGUGGUCUCUAACACGGAGAUUCGGGAGCAUGUGGAGUUAAUUCUCGCCGCAUUGCGCUCUCCAAAUACGGAAACAGAGAAUGCCUUAGAUGCGUUGCUGUAUACGCGUUUUGUGAAUGCCGUGGAUCCCGCAUCUUUGGCUCUCAUCAUUCCCAUCCUCUCACGUGGCCUUAGUAGCCAAAUGCCGCAGCUCCGUCCAAAGGCGGCCCAGAUCGUGGCCUCCAUGGUGAACCUCGUCAACGACCCGAAGUCGCUCAAGCCGUACACUGAGGAGCUUGUGAGGCUACUUGAGGAAGCCGCAAUGGAUCCCAAGUCGGAGGCUCGUACGACCAGCGCCAAGGCGCUUGCUGCUCUCUCCGCCGCCAUUGGUGGAAAGAUGGUUGAUGAUAUUGUGGCCUGGUGUUUUACGGUUCUGCAAAAGCCGCACAUUAGCACGAUUGAAAAGGCGGGUGCCGCUCAGGUGUUUGUGGAGGUUGUGGAAAGUUGUGGGGAUUCCAUUUUGUACGACUCAUUUCCCACGAUUGAGGCGGGCAUGUUGGAUGAGCGGCCUGUGGUGCGUGAAGGAUUUCUACAAAUCAUGGUGUACGCGCCUUCCACCUUGAGUCCAGCCAACUUUCAGCGAUUUUUGCCACUCUCCUUCCCAUGGGUACUUGAAGGCCUCUCGCACUUUUCCGAUCGUGUGCGGGAUGUGGCAUUGGUGGCAGGCACUGGCAUCAUUAACUUGUACGGCACACGCAAUCUCUCCUUGGUGCUUGAGCCGUUGCUGUCUGGUGUGGUGAGUGAGGUGACGACGCUGCGUCAGAGCUCCAUGCUGCUGGCUUCAAAGCUGCUCAUUCACCUGGUGCAGCAAAUUCGUAAGAAGAUGCGUAUUCAUGCAGCCAAGGAGGAUUUGGCGGGAGACCAAGACAAGACAAAGGAACUGGAGCAAAUGUUGGAGCAGGAAGGCGAGGGAGAGGAGGAAGUCGAGGCCGGUGGUGUGCUACAGAUGGAGGCCGCACGCGAUGUGGAGAAGCGUGGCAUCUCUAUUCUUGGUUCUCUUGAGGAGAUGCUGGGAACGGAGAGCUUCACUCGGUUGCUUGCGGCGAUGUACUGCGGCCGCCAUGAACGCAACCUCAACGUUCGCACGGAUACCAAUAAUGCAUGGCAGACGUGUGUGGCGAGUCUUCGUGGUGCUGUGAAAAAGAUAUUCAAUGGUCUAGUCAGUGUUCUGAUCUUGUUUGCCUCGUCUGAAAAUUUGGAUUGUGUGGAGAUGGCCGUCAAAACGAUUGAGUUCACUUCCCGCCUGAAUGAGAUGAUCGAGCAGUUAAUUGAGGCUCUCUGUGACCGUUACAAGGAGAACAAUCGUCGAAGCAAACUUGGAUCACUUAUCUGCCUUGCCAACGUCGUGGUGUACAUCGACUCGCGUCGUCUCAUUGGGGUGGGCGGCCAAAUUGUGGGGUGUGUGCUUCCCGGCAUGCAGGACAAGGACCCGCAGGUGCAGGAGUGCGCGCGUGACGUCUUCGCGAAGGUGUCCAAGUCAGUCGGUCCACGACUUAUUGAGGACGCCAUUGAGGCCCAAAUUGAGACCUCCGUGCGGGGGGUGGUGGAGGUGGUAAAGGUCAAGCCAGGCGCCGCGCUAGAAAUCAUCUUCAAGUACCUCGCCCAGCGAUCGGUGUACACGCAAGAUAAUCUAGAGCUGCUCGACGCCAUACUUGACGUGGAUGAGGCCUAUGAGCAGAUGCGCCGGUUCAACGACGUCAUUAGUCGAACACUUCUUGCGUUUCUUGUACAGGGACUUGAGGGAGCGAGCGAGAGCUACCAAAAGUUCAUUGAAGGUAUGCCCCGCGAAUUUGAGCACUUGCCGAUGGAGCAUUGGGAAAAGGGACUUCGUUCCCCGGCGACGCAACGCGGCGCACUUCUCGCGGCAGAAGCGUAUGGAUUGGGUAUAUCAUUUGACUAUAUUGAGGGCCUCUCCGCGGUGUUCCGCGCCGCCAUUGAGGCACUUGCAAGCGAGGAGGAUGAACUGCGAGGCAUUGCGAUUUCUAUGAUCCCGCGCCUCAUUGCGUCGCUUGAGCAACGCGUGGUGGAAUCUUUGGAGGAAGACGAGCAACAGGAUCUUACCACUAGCAAGCGUGCCGCUGGUCGAUAUCUGCUGCAGUACUUGGAUGUGUUUCAAAACACCUUGGGGGCUACGGCUCGUGCAGUGGUGACAGAGGCAGAUCCGGAAUUCAGUGUCCUUGCUGAGGGUGAACCUACGCGACUGUUUGACGUUUUCAUGACAUUCUACAACAGGGGUCUUGAUUACGGCACCUCGCUACAAAAGGUGCAGGCGGUGGAGUGUAUCCAAGACCUUUUGACGUUUGCACCGCGGCGUGUGAGCGCGGGUGCCGCCAACACCGUCGCUGGUCGCUGUUCCAAGGUGCUUUUUACGAGAAAUGAGGGGGCUGUGGUUCUCGCGCUUGUGAGACUCUGCCUGCAGUUGAUGAAUUACCCCGCCAGCGGUAAGGAGAAGAUGGUGGAGGGCACAAUGGCGCUUGCAAUGUUUAAUGCCUCUCUCUGUGACAAGGGUGAGGCCCGUGUGCUGGCGCUUCGUGUCGUCAUUCAGUUGUUGCAGAGGUCUGAAAGGUACGCUGAUCUUAUCCUUGGUACAGUGGUGACUAAGAAGACGGCGGUCGACACACCUUUGCUUUGCGGUGUUAUGUGCCGCUUCAUCUCCGUUGUCAUACGGUAUGGUCACUUUACCAAGGCCCUGAGUCACAUUGCCAAAUUGCUGGACCUUGUCUUGCCCAUCUGGGAACGGGCGGAGACACCGGCAACCGCAGCCGUCGCCGGUGUGGCCGUCGCGGCGCUGUGCAAGUCGGCAAGUAUUACAGACGCACAGCUUGCCGAGCUCCAAAAGAGGGCGCUAGCUAUGAUGGGCUCCAAGGGAAGUGGGGCCCUUGGCGGGUUUGCGUUUGCCUACUCGCUUGUGACCUGCGGCGUGGAGCGUGUGGACCCCGCAUUCGUGCGUGCGGCGGCGGACGCCGUGCGAACGGCGGCGAGCAUUGGUGCCAGCGACAAGUUAAGCAUCACGUGGCUGUUGCGCGCUGCCGCUGCGCUGGCCAGCACCGGACUCCUGCAAGCCGCCGACCUCAAGCCGGAGGUUUACCUCCCCAUGCUGCGCCGCGUGGACGCGAACGACGAGCUGAUGAUGAGCACGGCGCAGUAUUACUACGACGUGCUGGCGGAGAGGUUCCCUGAGGCGGCGGCGGCGGCGGCGAAUCUCCCGCGCGAGCAGAGCGCGCAGUGGGGCGUCGUCGGCCACUUUGACGCCGACCUCGACGACGAGGUGGCGGCCGACACGGUUUACUAG